CUUGGCGCCACAUUCUCCAACAUAUACUCUCUCGCUAUACUGGUAUACUGUUCAGUGUAAAAAUGGACGACAGUAUGCGAGAUUGUAGCCAUGUUCAUCAUUUUGAUAAAAUGAUCUCAAUGUGACACCCCAUGCCGCCUGCUGAUGGUAGCUGGCCGGAAUGUUUGAAAAGUUAUUACGGCAGGUGCCUUCCUACAGCUUGGUCAUCCUCCUGUGCGGGUUCACCACGCUGUUCAUCACGACAGGGACAUGUUUCACUGUCAGUAUUUACUAUGUUGCCUGGAUGGAGGAAUUUGAGUCUGGGAGUGGUCUCAUCUCCUGGAUUGGAUCACUUAAUAUCGGCGUCAUGUGUGCUGCAGGUCCUCUCAGUAGCAUCAUGACCAACAGAUUUGGUUACCGCAUUACUGUGAUAGUAGGAAGCCUUUUUGCCGCAAUUGGAAUGGUUGCCACAGUCUUCGCCCCAAAUGUCUAUGUCCUCCUGAUUACAUUUGGUAUCAUCACGCCAAUCGGAAGUGGUAUAGCAUACAUCCCAGGCUCAACGAUCGUCUCUCACUAUUUCGACACUUGGAGGGUUUUAGCCAAUGGCAUCAUGAUGUGUGGGGGAGGUUCGGGAAACUUCGCCAUGGCAUAUAUUAUGACCGCCAGCAUCGAACACUUCGGCUGGAGAGGUUCCAUGUUCAUUAUAGCUGGAAUCUAUUUGAAUCUCUGCGUGGUGGGGGUCUUGAUCCGCAAGCCGCCUGUCGCCGGAGACCACCAAACGGCUGAGGUCAAACGGGCUAAAAUCGUCCAGUUGGGGAUGUUUAAGAAAUUUAAUUACGUCAUGCUCUUAUGUCAUAUUUUUCUCUUAACCUGCGGCCUUUCAAUUAUAUAUGUCCACAUAACUGCAUUCGCUGAAGAGAGGAUCGGACUCACUAAAAGUGAAAGCUAUCUUGUGAUAUCGUUGCUAGGAAUAUUUAACGUUGUUGGAAGAAUCGCCCAAGGCCUUGGCGGACAGUAUGAGAAAGUAGAUAUAUUGACUUUGUAUUUGACUUGCCUGUUCCUCAGUGGAAUAUUUGCCGCUACAUAUCCAACGACCCUGUCUUUUGCCGGUGUCCUGGGAUUUUCAUCUGUGAUAGGAUUCCUCAUUGCUCCAUAUGGUGGGCUCAUCUUGAUUGUUCUGCAGCAGUUUGUGGGCCUUCGUCUUCUGACCGCUGCUUAUGGUUAUGUGAUGCUGUCCAGUGCGUUCGGAUUCUCCCUUGGUGCUCCAAUAGCGGGUUGGGUCUACGACAUCACCCACGACUACUCCAACUCCUUCUAUCUCGCCGGUGCUUUCAUCAUGUCGAGCUGUCUGCUCAUGUUCUGGCCUUGGCUCCAGGGCGUGCGGCACAGUCCUAACCAGACAAAGAUGGCCAAGGCGUUCUCGGCGGAGCUCAAGCCAUACAUAUUUGGUAGUUCAAUUCUGAUGAACGACAUGAGCGAUUUGCCAGUAGAGAAUGGAGAAGUCGCAGAAGGAAUGCUUCGCGGGUCCACGCUUCAGGUUCCGGGUGCCAGCCACAGUAUCCAUAUCGCAAUGGAGAACGAAGAUGAGCAAGAUAUCGCUAGUAUAGGACCAGUUGAAGAUUGAUUAUGGUCUUUGGAUGAUCGAUACCGCAAUAUAAAAUCCAAAGAAACUGCCGUUGAUUAUGCAUUCCAGUAUAUCUCCGUUGAUCUCAAGUGUUUUAUCACUGUAGUACAUUCGAUUGUCACAUCAAGACAAACAUGUUCAUUUGAGUAUUCCACCACUUCAGUUGUCUUUUCUACAGUAAAGAGAGUAAAGAUUGUCAUUCUGGUUUAUACUUGACUCGUUAUCAUGUUACACUAUGCUAAUGAUUGCCCAUGCACCCUGGAUCGAGAAUCAUUUCCCCAGUUUAUGCCCCUGCAUCUUCUUAGAUUCAGGUUUUUGAUACUACUAUACCUCGAUAGGCGGAGUAUUAUGAAUACCACUGGUGCCAAGAUGCUCUAGGGUUGGUAUCAUCAGUAAAGGUCGACACCCUUAUAUUGCACCAUACAAACGGUAAUCUCGAUUAUCCGUCGCCGAUCAUCCUGGCUCCAGUGGUUGUUUACAUCCAGCUGUUAGCAAUAGAACUUCUAGCCGGAGGAUUGAAUUAUUAUUAUGCAACAUGAGAGACCCACUUCUUGGCCCCUCUAGACCUGAUAGUGAUAUACAAUUUAAUAUUUUUAGGCAGGUGAUCUCAAGAGUCAUCGAAAUCAAAGCGCUAUCUCAAUUUGAAAUAAGUGAUUUGAAAUUGACGACUCUACAACAUAAGCAUGAGGGUAUAAUACAUGGCUUUUCAUUAACAGAGCAUUUUUUAUAUUUUCACACGACGAUGCAAUGAUAGGAAGGGAAUGGGUUGCGGGUUACGGAUACGGACCAACUUGUUGUUAAAUAUUCAGAUCUCAUCUGUAUUGGUGUCGUGUUGUGAUGUUCUCAGGAGCAAAUAUCGAUGAACAAGGUUGAGACUUCGAUCAGUUGUGUGACCUGCAUGGCUCAUCAAUAUUACAACUGAGAUAUUGAGCUGUAAGCAAUAGAUUUUCUAGUUAGCGGUAUUAAUUUCUGCUGUUUUAUUUAAUAAUCUUGUUUCGCAUAAUUAUCAUUCAUGUAUGAUAUUUGUUUUUUCGUUAGAAGUGCAUGACUCAGGAUGACUCGAAAAGAAGGAGAAGGCUGGGGUACGGGUUAGUACCUAUUACGGACAAACUUGUUAGUAGUCUUAGUAAAUAAAUAUUCAAGUCUCAUAUCAUGUAACACUAUGAACUGCUUCUGAAGACGUUUUCCUUCAAGGUGUCGGUUUUGUUAACGUAAAGCUUAUACAAAAUUGUACCUGUAUAUAUUGGCCAUCAUGUUUGUCUUGUUACAUUGGUGAUCUGUUGCACGUACAUAUAUUGACAUAAAAAUUAUACAAACCUAUGGAAUUUACACUUUGACAAUGGAAUAAACGUGUUUCGGUA